ACAAGCAGCAGACUGGUGCUUCAGGGAGACACGCUACUGCUGGGCUGCAUCGUUCAAGGGUUCCCCACGCCGCAUCUCCGCUGGGCCAAGGUGGGCGGGGAGCUCCCGAGUGGCCGAUUCACCUUCGGCGCCUUCAACCGGACGCUGGCGAUCCACCACGCGCUGGCGGCCCACGCCGGCGCCUACCAGUGCCACGCCGCCAACAGCGAGGGCAGCGCCCGGCACACCGUCACCGUCACCGUGGAAGCCAAGCCGUACUGGAUCACUCCGGAGCCAGAGGGGCGCUUCUACGCACCGUGGGACACGGUGAGGCUCGCCUGCCUCGCCGACGGAAUCCCCAAACCGCUCGUCCGCUGGUUCUUCAACGGCGUCCCCAUCAGCGAGGCCCCCGCGGUAGCCGGGCGGAGCGUGGACGGCGACUCCCUGACCCUGAGGCGGCUGCAGGAGGAGGCCACCGGCGUGUACCAGUGCGAGGCCUCAAACCAACACGGCACCAUCCUGGCCAACGCCUACGUCAAAGUGCCGGCCGCACCUCCACAGCUGCUGUCGGAGCAAGACAGGCUGUACGAGGCGAGAGAGGGCUGGGAGGUGUACAUGGAGUGUGCCGUGUUGGCGUGGCCGCCAGCCGACAUCCUGUGGUUCAAGGACUCACAGAGCUUCCGCCUGCAGGGCAAGCGCCACCGGACCUUCAGGAACGGCACCCUGCGCGUCGCUGCGGUGCGGCGCGAGGACAACGACUCCUACGUCUGCAUCGCCACCAACGACCUGGGCUCACAGCUGCUCCGUGUGCACCUCUUCGUCGAAGUGGCGCCGGAUGGCGAGGAUGACCAUGAGGUGGUGGAGGAUGAUGGCGAGGAGGGAGAGGGCAAGGUGGAGGAGGUGGAGAGGCAGGAGGACGAUGAGGAGGAGAGGCAGGAGCAAGAUGAGAAGGAGCAGAGUGAAGAGGUGGGCCAGGAGGAGGGCGAGGAGGAGGAGAGGCAGGAGGACGAUGAGGAGGAGCAGGAGGGUGAAGAGGAGGGCGAGGAGGAGGACUCUGCCCACGGGGAGGAGGGCACCACCGGCGACGAGAUGUCAGCUACCUCGCCAGGGGCGACGGCGCCGUCAGCGGCGCCAGCGGGGCGGGAGGCCGUCACCAACGGGGUCUCGUGCCUCGACGUCACGGUGGCCACGGCUCUGCUGCUCACGCUCGUGUCGCCGAUCGCGUGCGCCGCGUGGCGCUACUCCAUCGCCGGCGCCGGCUUCGUUUGGUGACGGUGCGAAGUGGGAGCGUGUCGGUACGGCGAGCUGCUUUGUGAUCUGCCGGGGUCGACGUUGGUGUUGCAUCGCCUUGUUGUGUCGUAGACACCGGAGGAGACGUCUUGAGGGAAGCGUUUCUUUCUUACUCUCGCAGUCUUUACCAUCGUUACGCCUCCAUUUCGAUGUAAAGCUUUCGUGACUGCAGGGAUUCAUCUUCUUGGUUCUUUCAGUAAA